GAGAUCCGGAAGGCCAGUUUUGUAUAGGGCCUUCCGCUGAUUACAGCUUCUGGCGAGGAAAACGUGCUGUUCUCGAUUUGGAACGCGGGCCUUGGAAAGACCAUCGAGAGUAUGCUCGUAGCGCGUGGGUCAACGGGAACUAGAGUGGACCAGCAGAUACGGCAAGCCGCAACGGAAUGAUUUCCCUCAUAACAAUAUAGUCAAGGGGGAGAUUUCCCCAGAGAUAUAUCUCGGUCUUCUGAGGAAGUUCAUUUCAAUCUCGCCGUAUAUUCUUCCUGAAAACCGUGAAAGCCCAAUGAAUAUGCCAAUACUGCGACAUCCAGGUAAUAGCCACUCAUUAAUUCUCCAUCGCAAUUUGAUGCUAAUCAACCCAGAUCUGAACCCAUCCAACGUAUUCGUAUCGGACACUUGUGAAGUCUCUUGUAUCGUUAAUUGGCAACAUAGCUCCAUCCUUCCGUUACUACUCACCGCGGGUAAUCCGCCGCUGUUCGAAAAUCCCGACUCAGAGCCCCCAAAGGGCCUUGAAAAGCCGUCUCUUCCUGAAAAUUAUAGUUCUCUGAGCCCAGAAGAGCAAUCCAAUGCUGAUGAACUACAUCGCCGAAGAAUGUUGUUUUAUAUGUAUAUGGUUUUCAACGGCCGGGAUAACAAAGCCCACCUCGAAGCACUUCGCUACCCUCUUAUGUCACUUCGACAACAUAUAGUAGACCGAGCUGGCCGUCAAUGGAGCGGCAACGUGAUUACACUGAAAGGAGCACUUAUUAGGCUCACUGAACACGUGUUGAAGGGGACUGGUUUAAGGCGACGAUAUUGCUCGAGCAUUGGCGGUCUCUUCUGGAUGACCCAGGAGAAGAUGGAUGGGUCAGGCAUGAAUCGUACGAAGCAGUUAUGGAGACUAACAAGAAGCUGAAGGAGCACUGGCUAGCUGAAGCAGAAGACGAGGAGGAUUUCAUGUCGGUUGAUUUAUUCUGGCCAUUCCAGGAUCACGAAGAAACGGAGUAGGGAAAUACUACCCUUCAAUCUCUGGGUUAAAAUAAAAAGGAUGCCUAGCAACGACACAAGUCUGCCGAACACUUGUCAUGAAC